AGUAGCACCAGCUGUGCCCACUGAACGCGUGCUAUCAGGUUGCCUGAUGACAAAUCGAGGACCACGGCAUUUCAAAGGGCCCAACCUACCAUGGCACAAGCGUCAGUGCAUAAAUCCCCAGGACCAACUAUAAGAUUUGGUGUCGACCAAGAUCUAUACAAAGCAAGCUACGGACACGUCGACAGGCCUCAACCUCUACUAUACUAGAGACGUCUACACUCGUUACCCCGUUGACGUCACGACUCCCCCUUGCGAAUUCAGCCUGAUUCUUAUCUCUGGGUUCUGUGAGUUUCUACUCUUCCCCACACACUAGCACUGGCAACAUCGAAGAGAGUACAUAUUUGAGGGGAACUCCGCCAACGGACAUUGCUCUUCGGAUCGGCCCCAAAAAGAAAAUACUUCUUCUCAGUCAUCACCAAACAUGGCAUCUCAAGGCAUCAAGGUCGUCUUCGGCACCGCCUCAUUUGGCAACCGUGACCCGUGGAUUGCUGAAGACUACCUCAACAAGUCCUUCUCUACUCUCGAGGCUCACGGCUGCAAGGUUCUUGACACGGCCCAGCUAUAUGGCGAAUCCGAGAAGCGUCUUGGCGAGGUCAAAGCUGGAGAGAAGUUCAUUAUUGACACGAAGUGGAUGGGCGGAUGGCAGCCGGGUUGGGCGACCAAAGAAAACAUUAUCAACUCGGCCAAGCAGAGCAUGGAGAAGCUGGGUGUCAAGCAGGUCGACAUCUUCUACAUCCACUGCCCCGACGCCGCCACGCCCCUCGAGGAAACCCUGGCAGGCGUCAACGAGGUUUACAAGACCGGUGUGUUCAAGCGCUUCGGCCUAUCCAACUACUCUCCUGCCGACGUCCAAAAAGUCUACGACAUCUGCAAAGCCAAUAACUAUGUCGUCCCCACCGUCUACCAGGGCAACUACUCUCCUGUGGCGCGCCGGCAGGAGACCGAGCUCUUUCCCACGCUGAGAAAACUAGGCAUCGCGUUCUACGCCUACUCGCCGCUUGCUGGAGGAUUUCUCACCAAGACCGCCCAGCAGAUCAAGGAUGGCGCGGGCCGCUUCGGCCCAGAGGCCCUUGGUGGUAUGUACCGCCAGAUGUACAUGAAGCCAUCCUACCUCGAGGCUCUUUCCAAAUGGGAACAGAUCGCCAAUGACGAAGGCUGCUCACGGGCUGAGCUCGCCUACCGAUGGGUCACCUACAACUGCCCGUUGAAGCCAGAACAUGGGGAUGCCAUCAUUGUGGGUGCAAGCACGGUAGAGCAGCUUGAUCAGACAUUGACAGGGAUUGAAAAAGGACCCCUGAGCAGCAAGGCUUGUGAGGGCAUUGACAAGGUUUGGGAGGAGAUCAAACAUGAGGCGCCGUUGGACAAUUUCUCCCGCUAAGUACGACUGAGGUAGGCUUUAUAGGGCGGUCAAGUCUGGAGGCAAAGGAGGAAUGCUCCCUCCAACCGGCGAAGGUGAGGCGUCGUGCGAUCUGCUUUAGACCAAGGCAGUGGCUGGGAGGGUCUUAGAUGGUACCGGCGCGACAGAAAGAAGAGAGACUAGAGAGACUGUCUGGUCCUUAGGUAAACUCGAUAGACAGAGAAUCAAUUGGGUUGUACUUG